AUGGCGAGCUUGGCACUGUAUCAGCAGCCAGGCAAGCCGCGGCCGCCGGCGAAGGGAAGCUUCCCUAUCGAUCACUUGGGUGAGUGCACGGCGCUGGAGAAGAGCUACCUGGCGUGUCUGGCGCGGCGGCCGCUCGCUGAUGUGGCUGGCGCCGGUCGGGAGGCCUCAGGCAGCGUCUCUGAAGCCUUCGCAGAAGCCGAGAACAGGAAGUGGGAUCACCUGCCCUGCCGCAAAUUCGCGCAGGAGUACCUCCAGUGCCGCAUGCAGCACAACCUGAUGGCUCCCGAGGACCUCUCCGCCCUCGGAUUCAAAAAAAGUCGGAAAGAGGAGAACGCACUGUGCAGCGACGGCGCCGCCGCGCCCUCUGCAGCCGCGCUGGCUUUGGACUUUCACCCCCCCUCAAGCGAUGGGAGUUGCUGCGCUCCCUCACCCGCGCCCGGCGCACCGGCGCCUCGGAGUUACCCUGUGCUGACCUUCACGCGGUCGCUGCUCCAGCCGGACCUGGCUGCGCGACCACGGUCGGAGGCGCCCCCCUCUGGGCUCCAGCCGGCGGGGCCCGGCGACGGGCUGUCCCCUCGGAGCGGGCGCGGGGGGGGUCGCGGGGGGGGCGAGGCGCCCGCGGAGGAAAAGAAGGAGAAGAAGAAACCCCGUGUGCUCACGAAGGAAGACGAAGGAUUCGUCGCAGGCUGUGGUGCCCUCCGGCCCUACACGGAGCGAGGCUUCUUUGGGCGAAUUCUGUCGCGCUACUCUUGGUCUAACGGGUUUUUCAAGGCCCUCUGCGAGAAUGUCCAAACGGCCUUGGCUUCGCCCGAGAAGUAA